CGCGUCACAGUGCUGUCAAAAGUUUCCUGGUCUACAGAUUCCGACUGAUCCGGUCUUGAGCUGUACAUGUUUUUCGGACUAGAGGUGAUCCGGACUAGAGUGGUCCAGGUUAGAGCCAAUCCGGACUAAAGCGGUCCAGGUUAGAGCUGAUCCGAACUAUUGAUCUAGGUGAGAGCUGAUCCGGACUAGAGCGGUCCUGAUCCGGACUAGAGCGGUCCAGGUGAGAGCUGAUCCAGACUAGAGGUGAUCCGGACCAGCGGUCCAGAUGGCGCAGUGGGGCCAGCUGCAGCAGCUGGACUGCAAAUACCUGGAGCAGGUGGACCAGCUGUACGACGACUCCUUCCCCAUGGACAUACGCCAGUACCUCAGCAAGUGGAUCGAGAGCAUCGACUGGGAUACGGUCUCGUGUCAGGAGUCGCUGGCCACCGUCCGGUUCCAUGAGCUGCUGUCGCAGCUGGACGACCAGCAGAGCCGCUUCACGCUCGACAACAACUUCCUGCUCCAGCACAACAUCCGCAAGAUCAAGAGGAACCUGCAGGACCGGUUUCAGCAGGAGCCGAUCCUCAUGGCCGGGAUCAUCGCCAGGAACCUCCGGGAGGAACGGCAGAUCCUAGAGCGGGGCCAGAGCUCAGAGUCUGAGGGAGAAGGCGUGGCCUCCGCCAUGGUGGUGGAGAAACUCAAACUGGACAAGAAGGUCGCUGCCAUGAAGAACCUCAUCCAGAUUACGGAUCAAAACAUUAAGAUGCUGGAGGACCUGCAAGAUGAAUACGACUUCAAACUGAACACACUGAAGAACCGAGAGAACGAUGUGAACGGUUUGACCCCCAAGGAGCUGGAGAAGGAGCGGAUGACCAUGGGGAACAUGUGCUUCGACCUCAAGAACAAGCGACAGACGGUGGUGGACCAGCUGGCGGAGGUCCUGAGGCUGACGGAGGCGCUGCAGACGGAGCUCAUCUCUGAGGAGCUCCCCGAGUGGAAGCAGAGGCAGCAGACGGCCUGCAUCGGGGGCCCCCCCAACGCCUGCCUGGACCAGCUGCAGAACUGGUUCACGGCGGUCGGGGAGACCCUGCAGCAGGUGCGGCAGCAGCUGAAGAAGCUGCAGGAGUUGGAGCAGAAGCUGACCUACGAGCAGGACCCCAUCAGCCAGGAGAAGACCUCCAGCCUGGAGACCCGCGCCCUGGAGCUCUUCAGGAGCCUCCUCAGCCACUCCAUGGUGGUGGAGCGUCAGCCCUGUAUGCCGACCCACCCCCAGAGAGCCCUGGUGCUGAAGACUGGAGUCCAGUUCACCGUCAAACUACGGUUUCUGGUCAAACUGCAGGAGUUCAACUACCAACUAAAGGUCAAGGCUUUCUUCGACAAAGACGUGACGGAGAAGAAAGGAUUCAGGAAGUUCAACAUCCUGGGGACCAACAUUAAGGUGAUGAACAUGGAGGAGUCCAACGGCAGUCUAGCCGCCGAGUUCAGACACCUGCAACUGAAGGAGCAGAAGGUGGCUGGGAACCGGACCAAUGAGGGUCCCCUGAUCGUCACCGAGGAGCUCCACUCCAUCAGCUUUGAGUCGGAGCUCCAGCCGAGCCAGUCUGGACUCAAGAUCAAACUGGAGACGCUGUCCCUGCCCGUGGUGGUCAUCUCCAACGUCAGCCAGCUGCCCAGUGGCUGGGCCUCCAUCCUGUGGUACAACAUGCUCACCACAGAACCCAAGAACCUGCGUUUCUUCCUGUCCCCGCCCUCGGCCACCUGGGCCCAGCUAGCGGAGGUACUGAGCUGGCAGUUCUCCUCCGUCACCAAGAGGGGGCUGAACCAGGAGCAGCUCAACAUGCUAGCUGACAAGCUACUGGGACACAAGGCCAUGAGGAAACCAGAAGGUCUGAUCCCCUGGGCCCGCUUCUGUAAGGGCGCGACAGAGAAGAGCUUCCCGUUCUGGCUGUGGAUGGAGGGGAUCCUGGACCUCAUCAAACGACACCUGCUAGCUCUCUGGAACGACGGGUGCAUCAUGGGCUUCCUCAGCAAAGAGCGGGAGAAGGUGUUGCUAAGCGACUGUUCCCCGGGAACCUUCCUGCUGAGGUUCAGCGAGAGCAGCCGGGAGGGAGCGAUCACCUUCACCUGGAUAGAGCACGACAUGCACGAUAAGCCGGUGUACCACUCCGUGGAGCCCUACACCAAGCGGGAGCUGACAGCCGUCUCUCUGGCCGACAUCAUCCGCACCUACAAGGUGAUGGCGGCCGAGAACAUCCCGGAGAACCCGCUCCGCUUCCUGUACCCCGACAUCCCCAAGGACCAGGCCUUCAGCAAGUACUACCCCCCCCCCAGCGACGCUCCAGAGCCCAUGGAGGAGGGGAAUGCAGUGAAGAGUGGAUACAUGAAGACAGAACUGAUCUCGGUGUCUGAGGUCCCCCCAUCCCGUCUCCAGGACAACAUGAUGCCCAUGUCACCUGACGACUUCAGACACCUGGAGCAGUUCGUCAGUGUGCCCAGUAACAUCGAUGACCUAAUGACCGACUGACCGACGGCCUCACAUCAUGAGCGGCAUAAACACAUGGCAUUGGCAGCCAUGCUUUUUGUGUAUUGUUUUUUUGUUUCAGGAUAUUCUUACUUAUAUCAGAGUAUUCUAACUUUUGAGAGUACUUUUACUCACGAGAGUACUUUUACCUAAGAGAGUACUUAAGUGGUGUCCGAAUGCCUUGACUUGUUUUCGAGCAUAUGAGUUUCUCUAAGUGUGCUGCAGGUUGUACGUUUGAAUCCGUCUAACGUUAUUUUGGGUUGUAGAGUUUGGGUAGUAUGUAACGUUGUAGUUUGGGUAAAGGCUGUUCCCCAUCUCCCCUUCAGAACCUCUGGCUUUAAUUGAUGUGCCCCAGAUCACUGGAAACAUAAAAAACACAAAUAAAAUGUUGUCAGGUGCCGAGA